CAUCAAAAAAUUCCUAUAUACAUAUGGUAUGAUGGCUAUGACCCUCAUGUGGAAGAAAACUAUAAGGGUCGGGCCUCGCUGGUCUCUCCCGACACCACCUAUGGGCUGGCCUCGCUCAAUAUCACCUCUGUCAAGGAAGAUGACCAAGGCUGGUAUGUGUGUAAUGUGUUCUACCUCGAUCGUAGCGGCGUUGAAAAUGGUACCUGGAUACACCUUGAUGUUCACGCACCUCCCCGAUUUACCACGACCCCCGAUGAUGUUACCUAUGUCAAUAUCGGGGAUUCCAUCAUUCUUAACUGCGAGGCUGAGGGAACUCCAAAGCCAGAAAUUAUGUGGUUCAGAGAUAGCGAACCAGUUGAACCAUCAGACACUGUUGGCAUCUUCAAUGAUGGCACAGAGCUUCGAAUUAACAAGAUACGUGACCAAGAUAUUGGGGACUAUGUAUGUGUCUCUCGGAAUGCUGAGGGAAGAGUUCAUCAUGAAGCCAAAGUUGUUAUUGCAGGUGGGGCGGUGAUUGUCACACCUCCACACAACCAGACAAGACAGGAAGGUGAGAAGGUUGAAUUUCCAUGUGAAGCAAAAGCACUUCCAGGAAAUGUAACUGUUACCUGGAAGAGAGAAGAGGUCUUUAUUGAUAAACUUUCCGGCUUAGACACUCGUUCUAUCGUCAGGAGAGAUGGUACACUAAUUAUUAAUCCAACAAGUGCAGAUGAUGGUGGCUUUUUCACCUGUGAAGUUUCUAAUGGAAUUGGAACACCCCAGAAAGCUACUGCCUACCUUAAUGUUGAAUACCCUGCACGUGUGACAUAUACACCAACUGUACAGUACCUUCCCUUCAGACAACAGGGUAUUAUUAAGUGCUUUAUCAAGAGCAACCCUCCCAUACAGUUUGUUACUUGGAUCAAGGACAAGCGCCUCUUUGAUGUGGAAAAUGAAAGUACCGUUGUCAAGCUAAAUAAUGGCUCGCUACUUAUAACUAAGGUAAAUCAGUCACAUCAAGGUCGCUACAGCUGCACACCUUAUAACCGUCACACCACAGCUGGGGCUUCAGGUGACAUGGAAGUGCUAGUUCGUGACCCACCGGUGUUUGCCCCUCGGCCUCAACCUCAAUAUCAUGGUCAAGUAGGCGAGGAAGUGACACUUGUCUGUGGAGGCCAAGGUUCACCCACUCCAGAAGUCACAUGGAAGAGGCGUGAUGGUCAAAACUUGCCCAGAGAUCGGACGCACAUUGUGGGUGGCAACCUCACCAUCCGUAACCUUCGCAAAAGUGAUCAUGCAUACUAUGAGUGCAUGGUUAGUAAUGAAAUUGCUACCUUGGUAACAGCAACUCAGCUACUUGUGGAAGGAACAACACCUCACCCACCGUAUAACAUCUCAACUGAAACUCAGCCAUUUAGCAUCAAGCUCUCUUGGCUUCCAGGAUACCCAGGAGGAAAAGAUUGGGAACAGCAGUAUACCAUAUGGUAUCGUACUCUGGGGUCUCGAACUUGGUCACAGAUUGAUGUCAAGCCCCCCGGGAGUACAAGCGUCACUAUUUAUAACCUAAUCCCAGAUCACACUUAUGAAAUUCAAGUGCAGGGAAAGAACAUGUUGGGAGACGGAAUGUUUUCUGACAUUGUGACAGCCACUACAAAAGCUGGUGGAGGUCCUGCACAGCCACCUGGGACUCACUCGUCUACAGUUGAAACCUCUACAACACCUGGUCCCGAAUCGCCACUUACACAGACUUCUUCAAAAGGCAUGUGUAGCUUUAGACAAAACAGAAAAGUCCACCACUGCAAAACAUAGCGCAUGUAUUAUUACAAAUAGUUCUGCAUGACAUACACACAUAUAUGGUAUGCAGCAUCUUAUAUUCACAUUGAUAAAUACAACUACAAACAUCACUGAUCUUCUGUCAGAAACAAAACAUAAGAGGCUCCACUUUCUUCUUGAAGAGAAAAUAAGAAGAGGAAAAUUAUUUAGCAUUCCUCCCGGUCCUUCUUGCAGUUGAAUUUUUCAGUUGGUUUUGUUUUUGUUGUAAAUUCAAAACUCUCUUUGC